CCUAACUUGAAAAAUGUUUUAUGAUAGAAAAAAAGCCUGGGGUCAAAAUGAUCCCCAGUGUACUCCGAGAGUUAAAACGCCACAAAAAAUGUCUCUUACUAUUUUUCAUAUGAUGUUGGAUAUCAAAUGCAAAACUACUUAUCAAGAUAAUCCAUGAGCACAUACAUUCUUGUUAUAUGUCACUAUAGUGACUCAUUAGAUUUACUGUAUUUAGUGUAAGUCAGUUAUAAAGAAUAUACUGAGUUAUCAACAUCUAAUUAAUUUGUUCUGUCAUUUAUUUGCAAACACGCAUUUUCCAGUGUCCACGCAUUUUUCAUACUGUUCAUCCACUUUAUUAUAUAUUCGCUAUAUACAACUCAAUAUUUUCAUAUUUUCAAAUAUUUCCAAAAAACCAAUUAUACUUUUUUUCUUGAUCUUUUAAAUUUUCAAUGGACAAUUUUUCACUUAAUUUACUAAAAUAAAUAUAUUUUUUGGCAAGUUACACUUUUUCAUACAUUUUGUGUCCAAGUCCAUUUAUUCCCAAGUAAUUUGCCACCAAAUUUGUUGAAAAAUAUUUAAAAUCACCAAAGUCUUCCGUUUUUUUGUCAUAACUAUUUCUUUUUUAUGUAAAAACUAAAAUUCAUCAAAAAGAUUGGCUUCAGAUUCCAUCAAAGUUUUUAAGUAACAUCACUGGUCCUAUAGAUCCUCUAUGGCCAUCAUAAUAAAUCUCGGAAGUGUAAUCGUUGAUAAUUAAAAUAAAUAAAAAAUAUAAUUAUUUAAAUUAUAAAAACUAAAGCAGGUGCUCCACUUUUCUUGGCUUUAGGAUUCAUUCUCUCACUUUACAGUGUUAUCUGAUAAGAUAAGUAAGGGCUUGGUUCAUCGUGGAAACAAUUAUCAUCAAAAGUUGAUUUCAUUUUAGUUAACCGGUGACAAAAGACCAAGACACUGCAGGUUAAUAAUUACAAUUAUCAUCAACAUGGUUACCGUAGUGGGAAUUGGUAGUCUCAGCGUAAAAGUGUUAAAAUUGAUAAUAAAUUUAAUUAUUCUAAUACUGUAUCGAACGGGGUAUGGAGGAGAAUUUUUAGGUGUGGGUGGAACAUGGAACCUAAAUGAGGACAAGAAUCCCGACGCAGAGAUCGUUGCUUCCGGUGUCUUUGUUGGUUUUUUCAUUUAUACUAGUGUUGUAUUAUUGACUUAUUGUUUUGCUGGUACGGGAAAUAGAAAAAGUCUUGUUGAAAUAAUUAUGAACUUUGUGGGAAUGUUUAUGUUCAUUGCCGUUGGAGGAACGGCAUUACAUUACUGGCAUGGUUAUCAAGCAGAACAUAAAUAUAUUCAUGUUGCAACUGAACGACAGAUCGGUUUAGCUGUGGGCUCGCUGUGUGUUUUAGAAGGCGCAGCAUAUUUACUUGAUACUUUGUUAAGUUUCUAUGAAUUCGCUCAGAAUGAAUAUAAUUAAAAUUAUUAAUUGAUAUUUUUUAUUUUUUAAUUAAUUAAAUAUUAUUAAUCAUUAUCUUUUAUAUUUAUAAUUAUGUCAUAUAUAUUCAUGGUACGGAUGCGUCAUUAAAAUAUUAUAUCAUUCAUUUCAUAAUUAUUGUCAACAAAUAUUUAUCACAAAAC